UCACCCAAUUAACGAUCAGAUAAAUGAAAUCGAAAGUCGAAAAACAGCGACCAGUUACAAUAAAACGAAUUGAAUGUAUGUGUGAGGUUAUAAACACAAUUAAGCAUUGAAGUAAUGCGAAAACACAUUUCUUAAAGGACAAUAUACAACUAUGAAAUGAAAGACAAAUAUAGCGAACGCGCAGAGAUGGAUAAAAGAUGCACGUCGACAGGAACAUCACCGUCCUGUAAUGAAGUUGUACUACGUCCAUCGGAAAUCCGUUUUUCCCAGUUUUCCGUGUCACGCACAUUUACGGACGGGACGCCUAUCGAAGACCUCCUUAAGGAUAUCGUCGCCGGAAGAUGCUUUGCGUCGUCUGUCAAGCCGAUAGAGGUCGCCAGUGUCAAUGGAACGUGGUACUCCAACGACAACCGCCGGCUCUGGGUCUUCCAGGAGCUGGAGCGUCUGGGGCGCUUAACGAAAACCCGCGUGAAAGUGGUGAAACGGGUACAACCGACCAAAUUUACGACGAUGAAUAAAGGUAUUUCCGUUUCGAUACGAGGAGGGAACGCCGACAGUAAAGUGUUUCAAUCGGAUACUUGCACAAGUAAAUCGGGAAAGAAGAAACGGCCGUCUAGUUCACCCACUUGCGAAAUUGGUUCGGAUAAAGGUGUGGACAUUGUAGCUGAUGUCACCAAAAUUACUGCCACUUUUGUAGCAAUAGAUUCUUCAAACAAAUCAGGCUAUCAACCAAAGAAAGCUGUAAAGAAAGAGUCAAUUCAGUCGAAACAGUUUCCUGGUGCUUCCCGUCAAAACCAUACAAAUAAAAACACAAAACAAGCAAAGAAAGAUGAAAUGAAAAUGUCAAAACAAUCGAAACACUCCUCUGAUCAUUCUAGUAAGAAAACUAAGUGUGUGAAAUCUAAAAUAUCUCCGGAAGUCCUUGACAAGGUAGAAAAUCCGUCACUCUCUCGCAAGAGAAAGACGAAGACAAAAACCACGAAGGCGGUUUGUGUGAAAGAUAGUGCGAAACCGGCAUGUACACGACUAGAACAGGAAGUGACGAACACAGCUAAUAACGUAACGUCAGAUGCCGCGGUGUGGGACCCGUUAGACGACAUUGCAGCCUCUCUAUGUGACCCUUCUCGGAGAGAUAGCAGUUUUAUGGUGUUAGAAUCGUGCAGGGACGGUCUUUAUCUUAAAGCUAGAGGAGUUAGUCUGAAUUAGUUAUUCGGUGCCUGUGCUUAUUCAAAUUAGGUGCAUAUUUAUUAUCAGUUUGUUCUGUUUUAAUUGUUUGAUCAUUUCAAGAUGUUUAUGUUCAUUUUGAAUUAAUUAAAUUUUGCAAUAGGCGAUAUAAUUAAAGUAAAUGUUGGGCAAAUGUACAGGUGCAGGGGCAUGUACUCUUGAUCGAAUAUUAUAGAAAAAUUUA